AAAGAUGCUGGAAACCAUCAAAGAGGAGGAGAGAGAAGCAAGCAUGAGCGAGUCACUUUCUCUGAAGAGUUACUCUCCACCUUCAUCGACUUCAGCUUAUCUCGCAGCUAGCACAAGAGAGUCAAUUUCUCUGAAGAGUUACACUUCACCUUCAUCGACUUCAGCUUAUUCCACUUCAUCAUCAAAUGCAAAAAGUUCUAAAUAUUUUCUCAAAGAAGUUCAGAGGUCUUUUUCUGUAUUUGGCAGCUAAAGUAUGUAACUUUAGCUUGCUAAGCACGCUUUUUAUUUUUCAAUUUCUUAACUUUACCUUGUUAUUUUCCUUCAGCAAAUUCUCUAUCGUUCUCAGUAAGAAAGUCCGCAAAGCUUUGGACGGAGUCCAAGCUUUGCUGAGACUAGAUAAAUAUUGACUCUAUGUAAACUCUGUGGGAUGAUGAAAAUUCCUCCUUCGGACUAUCAUGCAAUUUUCUGUAAAUAUUACAAAAGUUACUUCAGUA